AUGACCAUCACGAAUCUGCUGAUUAUCCUGAACCUGGGCUGCGAAAUGCUGUAUGUGAUUGACCAACGAUUGAAGGCACAGGCCAUACCGUUGGAUAAAUCCGCACAAGUUCUUCGCGAAAUCACCGAGGUGCUGCUGGAUCCAAAGUUUUUGCACUACAUUUCGACCGCUUACCAGCAAAGCAUGCUGACGGUGCAGCAAUCGCGGAUACUACUAACGGACAUCGCCUGUUGCUCGCUGAUGCGCCUGGACGUGAAUUCGAUGGACAAACUGUGGGAUCUGAUGGUGAUGAUAUUCAAGUGGCAGAUGUUUCUGACCAACAAAAGUGCCCAAAUGCUGCUGGACCUCUCGUUUCGCCAUCUGGACGGGAUUGGGCGUCUGAUUCCGGAGAUGCGCAAACAGAUCCUCAUCGACAAUGUGAAGAAGUCACUUAUCGAAUUGUGGGAUCCGUUGUGUGAAGAUGAGCAAAUCAUAGUUCACCGCAAGGUGUACAAGUGGCUGAAACCGUACAACACCAAAAUCUCCAUUCUCAUACGCAUGGGUUUGCAAAAGUCGAACGGCGAGUUCGAGAUCGAACCCAAAAACAACCUUUUCUACAACUACUACAUCGAUAAUAUAGGUGAAAACAUUUACUCCAAGACAGCCAAUUUAAACGCCCUGAAGGCACAAAGCGAGGCCAUGAGCAGCUCAAGUGCGGAUAUGGUAACGGCGGGCUACGAGAUUGAUACGCUGGUCCAACAGCUGAACAUCCAGCACAAUCCCACGAACGUCGCUGAGCCAGGUUCGAACGGUACCUCAGAUAGGGCUACUACCAAUUCCGGCUCCAUGCACAGUGCCUUGAAUGAAAUCGUUAUGAACGAAGACUCGCGCAGCGGCGAAACUAGUCGGAUUAAAGAUACAAUGAGUGCAACUAGUGAGAACGUGGAGGCAGUCAUUCAGCGAGAAAACGGUGAUGAUAGGGAAAGCAAUUUAGAGAAGUUGAUGAAAAAAAUCAAUUUAGAGAAGGAGGAAUUUAAAGCAACCGACAGCAGCACCAUCGAUGCCAAUGAUGAGCUAUUGAAGAUGUUCGAUUAAAAGUGUAGACUUGUAGCAAACUCUCGUGCUAGUCAGUUAGUCGUUUCUUGUGAUUGUAAUUCU